GGAUGACUGGUGGGUUAGGUGGGAUAGGGGAGUGCGAAAAUGGAGAGAUUAGCGUGGUAGAGGUGACGGGUCGGAUCCGGCGGUGGGAAUGUCACUGGAGCUACGUAGCGCAGCGAGGCGAGGCGGGGUGGGAUGUUGAAGACGGUUGUGAGCAUCUAAAGCCCGAUUUUUUUUUUCAAUUUCAGUUGCCUAAAAUUUAGCAUCUGCCUUGUUUUUAAGCUAAGAUAUUGAUAAUCAGAAGUCAGAAGUAACCUACUUGAUCUGCUUGGUAGACGAGAAUGAGAUCCCAUCAUUUUGAAGUCCAAACGCCCAAGUGCCCACCCGAUAAGCUAUCAAUGGCGCCACAGAUAUUUGCAUAAACAUCCCUAUCCCACAAUUUUUUUUACAAUUAGCAAACAACUACAGAAACAGCAGGAGUGGAGGACUGCAAAAGCCAGGAUGGAUAGGCAGGCACACAUGACACAUUCAGCAGCUAUGGCGUCCUGUCCUCCUCACCAAGAACAGGCAGGCCAAGAAGAGGAAGAGGAGCGCCGCCAUGACGACGACGACGACCAGAUCACCUCCCCGCUCUUGCUGGAACCAUCGGCGUCCCGCAGCUCGACGGAGGAGGAGGAGAACUCGCCGAUCGAGCAGGUGGCGCUGACAGUGCCGGUGGGCGACGACCCGGAUACGCCGGCGCUGACGUUCCGGAUGUGGGUUCUGGGCACGGCGUCGUGCGCGCUGCUGUCGUUCCUGAACCAGUUCUUCUGGUACCGCAAGGAGCCGCUCACCAUCACGGCCAUCUCGGCGCAGAUCACCGUGGUGCCGCUUGGCCGGCUGAUGGCGGCGGCGCUCCCCGAGCGCGCCUUCCUCCGGGGCACGCGGUGGGAGUUCUCGCUCAACCCGGGUCCCUUCAACGUGAAGGAGCAUGUGCUCAUCACCAUCUUCGCCAACUCCGGCGCCGGCACCGUCUACGCCAUCCACGUCAUCACCGCCGUUCGCGUCUUCUACGGCAAGCACAUCUCCUUCUUCGUCUCCCUCCUCGUCGUCCUCACCACCCAGGUGCUGGGGUUCGGGUGGGCGGGAAUAUUCCGGCGGUAUCUGGUGGAGCCGGCGGCGAUGUGGUGGCCAUCCAACCUCGUCCAGGUCUCCCUGUUCAGGUACCUACUUACCCGGCCCUUCUCCAGCAUUCAAGUAGCUCUCAACUACUGCUAGAAAUGCUAUAGCUUGGCUUAGCUAAUCUUCGAUUAGUUA